AUGGGCCAUCAAGGAGUGGACAAAGUGUACAACAUGAUACAGGAACGAUUCGAAUGGCCUGGCUUGAAGAAGGCGUGUGAAAAAUGGAUCUCUGCGUGCUUGUCAUGUCAACAGGCGAAAGACCCCAGGAAACUAAGAUUCCCUCUGCAGUCAAAAUAUUCAUCGGGAUUCAAUGAAGUAGUGCAAAUUGAUCACCAGAAGAUAUGCAUGACAGCCACGGGCUACAAUCAGGUGCUGGAGUUAAUGAAAAGGUCGCAGGUAGCACAGGCCCAUUCGACCACUCAUCACCCGCCAACGAAUGGCCUAUUCGAGAGGCAAAAUCGCACGCUGGUAUCCAUGUUGAGAGUUUAUUGCUCACGCUACAUGGAUGACUGGGAUAGACACUUGCCGCAAGUGAUGGGUGCUUACAACAGCACAGAGCAUUCCACCAUGGGAAAAAGUCCGCAUAUGAUGCUAACGAGUCACGAAAAAGCGCUUCAGUUGACGUUUUUCUACCCUGAAAAUGAAGAGAAGAGAACAGCACCGCAAACGUACGUACGAGAUGUCAUUAGAAUACAGCAGGACCUCAAUGACUUAUGCAGGAGGAACACGCAACAGGCGCAAAUUAGACAAAAAAGGAGGUUUGAUAAAAGGACUGGCGAUGCAAAAGCCUACUCAGUUGAACAGACUGAAAUUGACAAAGGAAUACAACCUGACUUUCCUCUCACCAUGGAGACACGCCAGAGCAAGACGGGAAGGGAUAAGAAGAAGUACAAACCGUAUGGCGAGGAUUUCGUCAUAGACAGGAUAGUUUUAAGUGAUAUGAUGGAGUCGCUGAAGGGACUAGAUGAAGUAGCGGUGGCAAGAGAGAUCGACUUGGUGAAUGACAUGGAUCAAGAUUGGAUAGACGAUCGCUCUGAACCAGAAGUAGAGUUCGAACCAGAGGGUAUGUUUUACGUGAUGUUUGUGUCCUGA